CUAUCAUUGGCAAAUACAUUAUAAUGUCAACGAUCUCACCUACUCCAGCUCAUUUCAAAAUAUCAUUGUUGUGAUUAUUUUAGCAAGUAUUUGGAUGAUGCUUCGCAAUCGGCGAAGAUCCCAUGGCGUAUCGUCUUUGAGCCAACUUCGAGGUCCGCAAUCACGAUCAUGGGUGAAAGGCCUGGCGUUUGUAUUAGCCCAAAAUCGCACUAAAACGUCUACGAGAUGGACCUACUGCUCAAAUCACGGGUUUCUUGGGUGUAAGCAGCGGCGCUAGAGAGCUUGAAUUCUGCCUUUGAUUCCACAAAUCCCAAUAGAGGAAACAACUUUACACGUUCGACCCUAAAGCCAUGCAUCACAUACUAGUCAAGGAUGGUGCUUUGUUCCAACCUCAUCGCAUUGAGAGCGGCCCUCUCUUGUUUGGGAAUGGCCUGUUGAGCACCAUCGGAGAACAACAUCGCAAGCAACGGAAGAUGCUCAAUCCGGUUUUUUCGAUUGCUCAUAUGCGUUCAAUGAUGCCCAUCUUCAACAAUGUAGUAGACCAGUUACGGAACGCCUUAACAGAACGAGUUCAAAAUGGAGCUCGAGAGAUUGAUCUCCUAGGAUGGAUGGCCCGCACUGCGCUUGAGCUCAUUGGUCAAUCCGGUUUCGGGUACUCUUUUGACAACAUGGUAGACGAUGUACCCAGACAUGAAUACAGCAUCGUUAUCAAGGACCUUGCUCCGGCAUUAGCUCGAUUAGCUUUCGCAAGGUUCUACUUGCUUCCCUUGGCUUUGAAAAUUUUGCCUACAUAUGCUCUCACUUUCAUCAUGAACAUUACCCCUUGGAAAUCUCUGCAUGACGUUCGGGACAUGGUUAAUUACAUGCAUGAGUUAUCUGUGGAGGUUUACGAAGAGAAGAAGUGUGCGUUUGAAGAAGGAGAUGAGGCUGUGGUGAAACAAAUUGGAAAAGGAAAAGACCUUCUCAGUAUCAUGAUGAAAGAGAAUAGAAAAGCUGAUAGCGAAGACAAGCUAGAAGAAGCUGAAAUUAUUGCCCAAAUGUCAACAUUCAUAUUUGCAGCAAUGGACACUACCUCUAGCGGCUUGUCUCGCAUCCUUCAUCUUCUAACCCUUCAUCCCGAGAUUCAGGACAAAAUGCGAGACGAACUUAUCGCAGCUCGAAGGGAACAUCAGGGUAGUCAAUUAUCCUAUGACGAUUUGGUUGGGCUUCCUUAUCUUGACGCCGUGUGCAGAGAGACCUUGCGACUAUACGCCCCGGUGUCGUCUUUGUUACGAAAAUCCACUGAAGAUGCUAUAGUACCGCUCUCGCGACCUGUGCGUGAUGCCGAUGGGAACGAGGUGACAGAAAUCUUCCUUCCCAAGGCUACGACUGUGAUGAUAUCUAUAAUGAAUGCAAACAGAGAUCCUAAGCUAUGGGGACCAGAUGUACUAGAGUGGAAACCUGAACGUUGGCUAUCGCCACUUCCUGAGGCCAUUAUGAAUUCCAAGAUGCCUGGAGUCUAUUCUCACUUAAUGACUUUCAAUGGUGGAAGUCGCUCGUGCAUAGGAUUCAAGUUCUCCCAACUGGAAAUGAAGGUCGUUAUUGCCAUGCUUGUAGAGAACUUCAAAUUCUCCACUUCACAGAACAAGGAAAUUUUCUGGCAAAUGUCAGGAAUUGCGAGCCCCGUUGUCGUUGGAGGGUCCAACUCCGGACACCCGCAGCUGCCGUUGAUCGUUGAGUUAGCUAAAGGAGAUUGAGGGCCUCGUUAUAUGGAACUUGUCUCUGUCGAGUCGGUCAAUUUUGCGGUCGAUGUAUUGUAAACAGUUGUAAACUCAUUGAGACUCGUUGUAAGUUAAUGGAGAUUUCGUGUCUGGUUUAGCAAGCAAACACCCACUUUUCCCAACUUUUAAUCACUUACAUGUAGGCACUCUUCUCCAGCCGUAUGUAGGUUAUCUUGGUAAGAAGACGAAGGGUCUCGAGUCGGAGUUCUGGA